AUGCCUGUGGUCCCAGCAUUUGUGGGGUUAAGGCAGGGGGAUCACCAGGAGUUCAAGGCUAGUCUGACUACAUGGAAAAAAGAUGUACCUUCUAACCUCUCCCUGACAUUAUAUGAACAAAUACCUGAAGAAUUCUUAAAACACCAAGAACUAAAUGCCCUUUCCAAGGGCUGCCUCAUUUUCAGUAAAGUUCGCAGUGGUAAGAUUUAUGUGAAUGACUUGCCUGUGGUCCUUCACACCUUGAAGAUUUCUACCAGUGACUCAGAAAUUCGUCAGGCACUGAAGGCCGUUAGCGUUGAUGAAUUUCAAAAUGCCUUGAAGAUGUUUUCUAAGGUGAAAAGUGGUCGUGUGGCCACCACUGACGUGGCUGCUGUUUUGGAAAGCAUGAAUAUCCCAGUAAGCCCUGAGAUGCUCAGGGACGUCAUGCAGCAUGCUUAUGAGGACAAUUACCACACUAUGGACAUUGGAGAUAUUAUAUUUACUUUGGAUGAACUACAACGGCAGUAUGAAGAUGUUUUUACGGAUGAAGCUACUUCAGGUAAAAGAGCAUCAAGUGUCUCAGGAUACCACCCACAACCGAAGAAAGGCAGUUUACUUUUCAGAAUGCCUGAACCUAGCACAGCAAAAAAACAGAUUGUGCCUCCCCAACCACAUCCCAGUAAAACCGCUGGGAAACAGGAUGAGCCUGAACUUAAACUCUCCAAAAGAUCUUCAGAGACAAGACGGCUCUCAAGUGGGAUCAUCAGCAAUUCUGUGGGACUUCAGGAAUCACAACUAAAGAUUCGCGAUUCAAAGUCUAAAUCACCUUCCUUGAAGAGUACUCCAAGCCUCAGCAAGUUAGCGGAUAAAAGUGAUUCAAGCCUCAAGAAGUCACCGGAUAAAAGCGAUACAAGCCUCAAGAAGUCACUGGAUAAAAGUGAUACAAGCCUCAAGAAGUCACUGGAUAAAAGCGAUACAAACCUCAAGAAGUCACUGGAUAAAAGCGAUGCAAGCCUCAAUAUGUUACUGGAUAAAAGUGAUGCAAGCCUCAAAAAAUUACUGGAUAAAAGCGAUACAAGCCUCAAGAAGUCACUGGAUAAAAGCGAUGCAAGCCUCAAUAUGUUACUGGAUAAAAGCGAUACAAGCCUCAAAAAAUUACUGGAUAAAAGCGAUACAAGCCUCAAGAAGUCACUGGAUAAAAGCGAUACAAGCCUCAAGAACGAUACAAGCCUCAAGAAGUCACUGGAUAAAAGCGAUACAAGCCUCAAGAAGUCACUGGAUAAAAGUGAUUCAAGCCUCAAGAAGUCACUGGAUAAAAGUGAUUCAAGCCUCAAGAAGUCACUGGAUAAAGGCGAUACAAGCCUCAAGAAGUCACUGGAUAAAAGUGAUUCAAGCCUCAAGAAGUCACUGGAUAAAGGUGAUACAAGCCUCAAGAAGUCACUGGAUAAAAGUGAUGCAAGCCUCAAGAAGUCACUGGAUAAAAGUGAUGCAAGCCUCAAGAAGUCACUGGAUAAAAGCGAUACAAGNCAAGCCUCAAGAAGUCACUGGAUAAAAGCGAUACAAGCCUCAAGAAGUCACUGGAUAAAAGCGAUGCAAGCCUCAAGAAGUCACUGGAUAAAAGUGAUUCAAGCCUCAAGAAGUCACUGGAUAAAAGUGAUUCAAGCCUCAAGAAGUCACUGGAUAAAAGUGAUACUUCUAUCUCAGAACAUCAGAAAAAAUGCCUAUGAAGUUAUCCUUAAACUCCGAGAAGAUUACAUCUCUCCAGAAGAGCUUCAGUCCAUUUUACCCUCCGUAGGGCUUACUUUAUCCAAAGAAGACUUCCAGAAGAUUGUGCCAGAGCUCACUCAAACUGAAAGUGGAUUGGUGAAUUUAGAUGACUUUAUCACGGCAGUCUCCAAGAAGCACAACUUUCCUGACUAUGAUGCAUUGAAAAAUGCCAUUGAAGGCAUUAGUAAAAUUCAGGAUGAAUAUGUUGACUAUGAGGAUCUGGACACUUGUCUUCAAAAUUUUGGAGUUUACCUUCCUAAAUCAGAACUACAGAGGAUCAAAGAAUUAAUUGAAGUUGACGAGACAAAACAAGUGAAUAUUAAAGAGUUUAUUGAUGCCAUGCUGAAAAACACACACCCCUUCUCCGAGGAUCUAUUUUUGCCCGCUGCUAUCCAGAACCUGCAAAAUCUCUGCAGCGACCAGAUGGAUAUUGCUCAGCUGUGGAAAACACUGUCCAGUUUGGAUAGUAAUUUAAAAGAGAAGGAAUUCUUAGAUAUAGUGAAAUUAGCAACAGUUGAUGGUGACAAAGUACAAUUGGAAGACUUUUCAAAAGUAGUAAAGGAUAUGCAUGACUCCAUCAGGUUAAAAGAGUUGCAGGAAAUCGUCUCGGCUCUUGAUCCGCUUGAAGGUGAGAGGAUAACUGGGAAGGACUUGGAUGAUUUCCUAAAGAGUCUUGGGAUUACAUCAUUUAAAGAUGAAGUAGAAGAAAUCCUUCAGUCAGAGAUUGUUUCUGAUGACAACAUGUUGAGUGUUAAAGACUGCAUGGAAGCUUUGAAGGACACUUCGAAGUUUUCUAACUUCACUGGUUUAAAAAAAGAACUGUUAUCUUCAAACCUGAUAUUACCAACAGUAAGUGAGAUCAAAGAAGUUGCUGGCAUCUUGUCACAGGUUGAAGAUGGCAAGAUCACUAUACCUGACUUGGAGCGUGCCUUGAAAUAUUUGAAUCUUAACAUAACUGAAGAGGACUUUAAAGAAGUUCUUAAACAUUGCGAUAUCAGUGAUAACAUGAAUGUGGACUUAAAAGAUUUCUUAGUGAAACUGAGAGAUAUACCAAGCUUUAAAGACUCCAUAGUCACACAGCUGCUGCUAGCCAUGCCCCAAGUUCUCGAGAAGGAUCUAAUUAAUGUCCCUGACUUAAAGAAGUUAUUGACAAAUAACGAACUUCAUUCAGCUAAAGCCAUACUGACUGAAGUAUUAAAACAUGUUCCGGAGGAUGAAGAAGGCAAAAUUACCGUUGAAGAAUUUGUGAACAAGCUUGCGGAUAUCUUGAGAACUCUAAAAUCUGAACGAAUGAAAGAGAUACUUUACAACACCAACUUUGACUUAAAUGAUGUUAACGUCACUUCUGAAAUUAAGCAGAACUUAGAUGCUUUGGGAAUCCACAUAACAGACAGCGACAUACAGAGAGCGAUGGAGAACAUUGCUUCUUCUGAUGAAGUGGUAAUGCUGAAGGAUAUCAUCAAAGAGCUGGCCAACAGUGAUGUAUUUAGUGAAUGCCAAAGAAUAGAGGACAUACACAGCAUCAUUGAUGUAGUCAGUGAUGGCAAAAUGGAUGUUAAAGACCUUUUGUCUGCCUUGAAUAACUUCAGGAAACCUUUAGAGGAGGAAGGACAGUCUGAUGCAUCUCAGUCCCCCGAAAUGAGUGAAAAAGAGGCGAUCUUAAGAGACACAAUUAAUUAUUUAACUGGCAUAUCUGCAGUAGCGCGGUUCAAAAGUUUAUUGAAAGGGGUCAAGGCUUUUGAUAAUAUCAGAAAUAAUAAGAUGCCAGUAGAUGAACUUGUCUCCAACCUCAUGAGUACUGGAAUGCCAAUAAGCCACAGCACAAUGCAGGAGAUCCUGAGACAAGCCUCUGUCGAUGAAAACGAGGACGUAAGUCUCAAACAAAUUUUGGAGAAUUUAGCCACACGUAAGACAGAUCCUGUACUGGAAGAUAUAGAAAAUGCCCUUAAUUCUGUCAAGUUGAUGACCUCUGACAAAAUUCAAGUCGCCAACUUAAAAGAUGCUCUUAAAGACUUCAAUAUUCAUUUAAACCCAGAAGAACUGCAGCUGGUAGAGGAAACAGUCAAUGCCGACGAAAACGGAGAAGUUUCCCAGAGGGCUGUUCUUUUAGCAUUGAAGAGCAAUAAGCGUUUACAGGAUUUUAGAGAGGUUAAUGAACUUGCAAAGGCUCUAGACAAAAUCACCAGUGAAAAAAUCAGAGCCGAUGAGCUGAAACAUGUUUCCAAAGGCUUGGGAUUUGGUGUUACAGAUAAAGAAUUACAGGAUUUGGAUGAAAAGGUUUCUAUUGAUGAGGAGGGAAAUGUGGAUUUAAAAGAAUGGCUGACGAAGCUGAAGGGAACACAUUUCAGUAAAAGUUCAAAAAUACAAACUCCCUUGAAAACUCUGGCCUCCAUUAGGAAAAACGAGACAAACUUUGAUGAUCUACCCUUAAUUUUGAAGAGUCUGGGGGUUGCAUUACCCCAAGAGAUAAUUGAGGUGGCACUGAAGAACAUGGCCCACAGAGAGGACGGGAAACUGAACUUAGAAGAGUUUCUGAACCAAUUGACCAAGGUGCAGCUUUCAUCUAUCCCUAAAAGUCGUGCUUCCUUAGAAGAAAAGAUUGAUGCGAGUAGUGUGGAUGACAUUUUGAAAAGCAUGGACAUCACACUCACAGAUGAGGAGAAGGAGGUGCUCUUUGAACACCUGCCAGUUCCUGGUGAGGAAGGCAUAGAUAUGGAAACAUUGAUGGGUGUUGUGAAGAUGCUCAAAGAAAAAAUUGAUGUUGCUAAUCUGUCCAACUUCCUGGGUGAUAUGGGUGUCGAGCUUUCAGAAGAGGAACAAAGCAACCUCCUUCAUCAUCUCCCAGUCAGUGGUGGGAAUGUUGACAUUGAGAAGUUAGAAGGUAUCCUAGGGAAGAUGGGAGUGGCACUCACAAGCCUAGAAUUUCAGAAUCUGCAAGAAAGCCUGCCAAUCGACAAGGGGAAAGCCCGUGCCACUAGCCUUGACACCAUUUUGGAGAAAAUGGGAAUGGAUUUCUCUGACAAAGUAUCUGAAGAAUUGGAACAGCACUUGGAAGUCCAACUUAGCAAACCACUGAUGGAAGUUCCACAUAUUUCAGGAGAGACGAUAGAUAUCAGGGACUUGAACGCCGUGCUCAAGAAGAUGGACAUAGAACUCACCAAAGAAGAAGAUGAAGAGCUAAAAAGACACUUCUCAGAUGAUGGUAAGGGGAAGAUUGAUCUGGACUCACUGGUGAAUGUGCUACAAGUUAUUACAGGAGAAGAAAUUGAUGUCAGUGACAUGGAAAAUGUCAUAAAAGAUGUGGAGAGAGAGAGAACAGCUAGAGAACAGCUGGAGCGUGAGAAGUCAUUUCCAUCUCAUGUUGAUGUCCGUAAUCUUGACAGUCUACUUGGAAACAUGGCAUUCAAACUGAUUCCUGAGGAAUUUCCUGAGUCGGCUUCAAAGUUAGCAGUGCAUAGAAGAGAUGUCGAAACGAAAAGCAUUUCUAAACACAGAGAAUCAAUACCUGAAAUUCAGGAACCCUCAGGAUUGAUGGAUGACCUGUCAAUUGAAGGAAGAAAAAUUGAUAUAUCCAGUUUGAAUGAAGUUCUGGGGAAGAUGCAGAUUCACCUCUCAGAAAAAGCACUAGAGAAGCUGACAGAAGGCCUGCCUGCAGGAGAAAAGGUUGACCUCAUUGAUUUAAAAAGUAUCCUGCACUUAAGGGAUGUCUCUGGAGAAAGCAUAGAUCUAAAAAAUAUUUCUACUGCUGACAUUCGAGAAUUCUACCAAAAGAAAUUGGCUGAGAGUGUAGGAGACUUGGAAGGUGAGUGUGGGUCAGAGAGGAAAGCCACGUGGAUCUGA